AUGGCGCCCUCCUUCCAUAUCACAUCCGCAAACCCAACCCUCCACUGGUCAAGCAAAACCCCUUCCCUCCUCACCGUUCCCCAAAACCAGCCCGUAACCUUUGACCUCCACGACUCCUCCGGCGGCCAAAUCACCCCCUCCACAACACCAACCUCCCUCGCGACCCUAAACCUCGCAACCUUUGACCCGAUCCACGGCCCCGUCGCCAUCACCGCCGCACACCCAGGCUCCGUCCUCGAAAUCGAAUUCCUCUCCCUCAAACCCUCUACGGGCUGGGGCUGGACCGCAAUCCUCCCCGGCUUUGGACUCCUCGCAGACGACUUUCCAAAUCAUGUCAUUAAGCACUUCCACUGGGACGAGGACGCGACGCACAUUGUAUUUAAACCAGGCAUCAAGAUCCCGCUGCGUCCGUUUCUGGGGAUAGCGGGCGUGGCGCCAGCUGAAGCAGGUCCGUUCCCGACGAUUCCGCCGCUGGAGACGGGCGGGAAUAUAGAUUGCAGACACAUCACGGCCGGAACGAGACUCUACCUCCCCAUCCGCGUCCCGGGGGCGAAUUUCUCAUGUGGGGAUGGGCAUGCCGCGCAAGGAGACGGGGAAGUGUGCGGCACGGCGAUCGAGACGCCGAUGAAAGCUACAUUGCGGUUUACGGUCCGGGAGGAUAUGCCGUAUGUGACGAGUCCGCACUAUGACACACGCGGGUCGGUGCAUGCUCGCGGCCAUAAGGGGGAGGAUGAGGGUGGCGUGUAUGCGGUGCUGGGGAUUGAUUCUGAUUUGUUGGAGGCGAGUAGGAAGGCGUUGAGGAGUUUGAUUGCGUAUCUUGUCGCGGAGAGGGGGCUUGAGAGGGAGGAGGCGUAUAUGCUGUGCAGCAUUGCGGCUGAUUUGAAGAUUGCGGAGAUCGUGGAUAUGCCGAAUUUUGCGGUGUCUGCGAGUAUUCAUUAUUCUAUAUUUGAGGAUGAGUCUUGA